UCAGCUUAGGUGACGAAUGACAAAUUUUAUGCUGAAGUCACCUUAAUUGAAAACAACUACCUUUGGCACUGCUAAUCUAAUCUGUUUGUCCACUUGAUGCGUAAGGUGUCGUCGCCAGUGUUACUUCAAGUCUCGUGCAGUGCAGUCGCACCAAGAUGUUUACGGCACUAUUACUGGCGUUACUCCUGUUGGUGGUAACCUGGCUAGUAACGACCUUAGUCCGCAAUUACGCAACGACACGCAAUCUAAGGCGUAACCUACCCAGCUUCAACGUGCUUCCGAGCGUCCCACUGCUGGGCAGCUCCCACCUGUUCAAGGACGACACCGAACCUCCGGAGAUUUUCGCGACUUCGUCCGGCUUUCACCGGCGCUUCGGCAAUGACCUAAUCGCGCAAAGCUUCCUAAAUCAACCCUCGCUGCAGGUGACCAGUCCCGAAGUGGUCGAGCAGAUCAUCAACACUCGGACCAUCAACAAGUCACAGAUCUACGACUUUAUGAAGCCAUGGAUCAACGAGGGACUGCUGACCGCCGUCGGGAAGAAGUGGGCCCAGCGGAGAAAGAUCAUUACGCCGGCGUUCCAUUUCAAAAUAUUGGAGGAAUUUCUGGGUACGUUCAACCAGCAAGCUGAAGUGCUUGUUGAUAAGCUUCGCGAGCAGGUCGGACAGGGCGACUUUAACAUUUAUAAAUACAUUACGCUGUGCACGUUGGACGUAAUCUCGGAGACCGCCAUGGGAGUGAAGAUAAACGCGCAGGACAAUCCGGAUUCGUCGUACGUAAAAGCCGUGAAGGAAAUGGCUGAUCUAAUCCUGCGCCGUUUGUUCAGCGCUCUGCGCGAAUUCAGAUGGCUGUUCCCCUUUUUGAAAAUGGCCAAACAGCAAAAAAGGCUGUUGAACGUGCUGCACAGUUUCACCGAUUCGGUGAUUGUCACCAGGAAGAAUCAACUGGAAAACGAAUCCGCCCAGCUAAUAACCCAGAAGAAACUCGAAGAGUCCGACAUCUAUGGCAAGCGUAAGCUGACUCUCCUGGAUCUGCUGCUUAACGUGUCUAUCGACGGUCACCCGUUGAGCAAUCCCGACAUCCGCGAAGAGGUUGACACUUUCAUGGCCGCCGGCCACGACACGACCACGUCCGCGCUGAGCUUCGGUGCGUACCACAUCGCGCGCAACCCAGCCGUCCAGCAGAAGCUGUACGACGAAAUGGUGCAGGUGCUUGGACCGGACUUCAAAAACACAAUCCUGACGAACAGCAUGCUGCAGGACCUCAAAUACCUGGACAUGACCAUCAAGGAAAUCCUCCGAAUUCACCCCUCAGUCCCCAUCAUCGGCCGCAUGUCCACCAGCGACAUGACCAUCAACGGAACCAAGCUCCCCACCGGCAUCGAAGUCAUCAUCUUCAUCUACGCGAUGCACAACAAUCCGGAAGUGUUCCCCGAGCCGGACCGUUUCGACCCCGACCGAUUCAACGAGGAAAACAGCGCCAAGCGGCACCCGUACGCGUACAUCCCAUUUAGUGCCGGAGCGCGAAACUGUAUCGGCCAAAAGUACGCCCUGCUGGAGGCGAAGACGAUUCUGGUGAAACUGCUCGGCAGCUAUCGACUGUUGCCGUGUGACCCGGGCAAUACGGUGCGCAUCAAGUCGGACAUUACGCUGCGGCCGGUUAACGGCGCAUUCGUGAAGAUUGUUGAGCGUUGACUUAACAGCGCAGAACUUUGGGGUUUUUCUACUAUUAUACGUCCACGGAUUUUCGGGAUUUAAGAUAUUUUUUUAGAUUCCAAGUGAUAUGGCUAAAUGCUCUUCAUCUUUCUUGUACUUUUUGUUUUAUUAUUAACUGUUCACAUUCAUUUAUUUACUUCAAAUUGUUUUAAAUUUUUGCACUGAAUAGAAUGCAUUUGGGUAAAAAAGAAAAAAAAUACUUUAACAACUAAUCCUAACUUUAAACUAAAAAAAUAAAUUAAUUAAAAUAUUCAAAAUCAUUAGAACGAGUAAACUACGGACUGUAUUUUUAAGAUGAAUCCUCCAAACGUUCUUACUUGUUCUGUACGAGUUUUGCAACCACGCAGUGUUGUUGUCAUCUCGAUGAAAAUGUUCAGAAGUUCUUUGCACCAUAGGUCACUACUGCCUUGACCCGUAGAUGCUGGUAGACUGAAGCCUGGAGGUGUUUUAUUCUCGGCAAAUUUUUGCCGCUUAUUCAAUGGCAAUGGCUGCAUAUUUGGAACCACUCGAGCAGAUACCGCUCCUGGAAACGCCAAAGCAGGAAAAUCCACGUCUGUGAAUACUGGUGGUGUCUUGCGACGAUUUGGUUGGUGCCUCGUAGAGCGUCCAAUUUCCCGUUUCGGGAAUUCCCGGGAUAUCCCGACAAUAUAUUUCCCUUUUUCAAGCGAAAGUAUACAUUUUCUAAACCUUUUGGUAUGUUUUUAAAUUUACAAAAAAAUAAUGAAAGAAUUAAAUAUUAUUUCAUUAAAUUCGAUUUGCUACUCUUAUUGAACUUAUUAAUUAUCGAGUUCGUCUGAUAAUUACAUGUCAAGGUUUAUUUCAAAUGAUCUUAAUUUCUGAAGCAAUCACAACUGGGAAUAGAUCUUGUUCAUUUGUUGGGCAACAAAAAUCACGAUAUUAUGGAAUGAAAAGAAAC